UACUUCGGCGUGGACGCGCGAGGGGUGCGUUGGGCGCACGCGGUGAACAGCCGCGCGGAGCUCGCCGCCGCGCUCGCGGAUCCGGCCGUGCACAUGCUGGAGGCUGACCUUCUCAUGUCACGCCCGCCCGAGCGCGCGGCCGAGGACGCGGCCGAGGACGCGGGCGCGUCCUCAUCGUCGGGUGCCUCAGCGUCGGAGGUGCUCAUGUGCCACCCGCCCGCGCGAGAGUCCGACCUCGGCUUCGAGGAUUUCAUGUCCGACGUCGUCGCCGCGCUUCGCGAGGGCCGCAGGGUCGGGAUAAAGCUGGACUUCAAGGAGAUCGAGUGCGUCGCGCCGUGCGUGGACCUCCUCCGCGCGACGGGGUUCGGUAGAUCUGAUUCGAGCGGCGAGUUUCGCGCGGUGCCGCUGUGGCUCAACGCGGACGUGGUGCGGGGACCCGGGGGACGGGAACCCAUCGCCGGCGCGGACUUCGUGUCUAAGUGCGUCGCCGCGUGUCCGAACGCGACGCUGAGCCUGGGAUGGACGCACACGGGCACCCCCGUGCUCGGAUACACGACCGAAAUGGUGAACGCGAUGAGGGAGCUCGUGGAACCCUUGCGAUGCGGCGUCACGCUCGCCGCGUCCGCCGCGCACCUCUUCGCCAGUGCCAACCCGGCGCGUUUGGCCCUCAUCGACGUCAUCGUCAAGGGUUCCAGCACCACAGGCGUCCACGACCGGAGUUUUACGCUCUGGGGACCCGCGCCGAGGCCGGUGCUGAGGUGGAUCGAAAACGCGCUCCCGGCGGAGAAAACUUUUGUCGACGUCAAGGGUUGCGCGUGGCGGGAGGAGGCGGUGAUACGCGCAUACGCGUACACGCGGCCGGUGUGGGCCGCGCUGCACGACGCGUACGUGUACGCGCGCGCGCGAUAGACGACGCGAUAGAUUACGAGUACACGAUAGAUCAUCUAC